AUGAACAGAUCGAAAACAGUCUAUUUAGGUUCUAUUCCUUAUGACCAAACCGAGGAACAGAUAUUGGAUUUAUGCCAAAAUAUUGGUCCAGUUCAAAACUUAAGAAUGAUGUUUGAUCCAAUGACAGGAAAGUCAAAAGGAUAUGCCUUCGUGGAAUUUAAAGAUUUGAACUCAAGCGCUAGUGCUGUAAGGAAUUUAAACGGUUUAUCAUUUGGUUCAAGAGUUCUUAAAUGUGGCUAUUCUAAUGCUAAUGAUUCUGAUGAUUCUAAUAUGAACAAUUCUAAUAAUAUAAAUUCAAACAGCGCAUCAGGUGGCAAUAUGGGUAAUAACAUACUAUCCAGUGAUAAUGAUUCCAACACCUUAUUUAAUGUGCCAGAAGGUGUUGAUGUUAACAUUAAUAUGACGACACCAGCAAUGAUGAUUUCUAGCUUAUUAGCUAGAAGAAGCAAAGAAGAUCAAUUGCAAUUACUGAAGACCUUCCAGAUAUGGGCUAAAGAUAACAAUGAUGAUGCAGUGAACCUAAUUAAGCAAUGCCCGCAGCUGGGGUUUGUAAUUGCAGAACUAUUACUCAGCAAUGGUUUAAGCAAAGUAGACGACCUUACACAACUAGCUGUCCCAUCUAAUAGUAACUCUCACGAAGAGUCUUCUAAAGAACCUCAGGAUACUGAAGAGGAACGCCAAAAGAAAAUUGAGUUGAUCAGAAAAGUAAUGCAACUAUCAGAUGCUGAAAUUUCCAUCUUACCCGAUGAUGAAAAAAUGGCACUAUGGGAUUUAAAACAAUCUGUGGCAAAUGGUGAGAUUCGUAUAUAG